AUGGGAGUGUAUGACACACCCACACCUCCACACAACACAGAUAAUCUAGAGACAAUGGCUGAAUUCAGUAGAACAGAAAUCUCCACUGCAAGCCAGCAAACCAUUGAAUACAAUACAGACACGGAUGAUGAAGUGAAAACAAAGCCUGACAACAAACAGCAAUAUUCUCUAGAAGAACCUCCAGAAGCAGAAGCGGCUACAGACUAUUAUUAUGACAUUCUAGUUGUCGGGAAAACUGGAAUGGGUAAAAGUUCCACUGUCGACAAGGUAAUGGUCCCGAACACACCUGUAGUGACAAUACCCAAGCAAGAACACGAUGAAAUCGAAACGAGUGAUUUACAUCGAAGCAAUAUACAAAUCGUUAGCUCCACAGCAGCGCAAAACAACCGACAAAGAAGAGGGGAGGUUGUAAACUCGAGAAAACCUCUGAAGAAAACUUCUACUGACCAAAAAAGAGGCUCAGGAAUAGAAGAAGUAAGCGGAGCUCACGGUGAAAAUAGAGGGCUAGAUGAAAGUUUAGACAUGCACAGAGACAAGACACAAUGGGAGAAUUUGACGGGAUGGGUGUUAUCUACCGAUCAAGAUGAGCAUGCAAACUUCUUAAUCAGACUUAAAAAUAUCAUAUUUUGUCGACAAACAUACGAAAAAGAGCCACAUAUAAACAUUGAUGAACUUAGAAAUGCCGAUGACCUGCGGGAGAGCGUAUACAAGAGCUCAAGAAGCUGCCAACUUUUGACAAACGAAAACUCAAGGAUUCAAAUUCUAGACACUCCUGGUUUCUUUAGCGCCGAUUUCAUGGAAGGAGCUACAAACACGAAAGACAGCAAUUUAGCUGUUGUGCGACACAUUGUCCGUAUCCAGGCACUGGCUGGGCUAAGAUUUCAACGCGUUCUUUACUUUCUACCAACCGGCCCACUAAAAAGAGCAGAUCGAGUGAUUCAACAAGAAAUCCAAGAAAUGGUAAAAUUCUUCGGUGUAUCCAUCUUUAAGCGCAUGGUGCUUGUGGGCACAGCUGCCAGCCACACGAGUGAAGAUCUCAGUCUAUCUACAGAGCAAAAAUUUCCAGCGAAAAAACUGGAACAAAGCAGAAAUCUCUUUUGUGAAGCUCUAGUUAGGGAGUAUCAAGAGAAGAGGAAGGACACAACCAGACUACCUAGACCACCAAUCAUUUUAAUCACCAUGACAGACACCUGUGAGCAGAUUUUGGACAAGAUAACAUCAGCAGAUAUUGAGAACGACAGCAAUGAUGGGCUGAAAUUGGAGUUCAACACAAACACGUGCUGCCGCUGUGGUAUAGAGACUGGCGUCCAAGAAGACGAUACUUUGAUGGCUGAGUAUAGAGGGCCAGGGGAAGCCCCUUGGAGCAAUGCAAUACCGUACAAACAGUCAUUAUGUCAUCCGUACAUGCACUCGACAUAUACAGCACGUUCAGUUUUUCGCGGAUUCGCACGACUGCUUCUUUUAGAGUGGAAUUUCAGCGAGGAGAAGUGUAUCAGCUGUCACAAAGGCCCCGGGGCUCAGGGGUGUAAGCAAGUGAAUACAAUAUACGAGGAAAAUGGAUACCAACCAAUCAAAGUUGACCACACCUACAAUAUGGAUACGAAAAGAGCACGAGCCAGCAUCGAAAGUAGCAGUGAGACCUCUAUUAAUUGAUGCCAGCAUCGAAAGUAGCAGUGAGACCUCUAUUAAUUGAUUUCUGUACAGUAUAUAGGUAUUUGUUUUAUACAAGCACUAGUGUGUGUGUUUAAUAUUUGUGUGUGCACAAUUAAUUAUCAUGUGACCACACUCAUUAUCCAUUCUCUUAUCA